AUAAAAUAUGGCUCAAAUAAUCGACUUCUUCGCGGCAUUUAGAGGAUACUAUUCGGAUGGUUCAACAUUUAUCCAGAUUAUUAGCCUUGGUUCCCAUCACAAUCUGUCAGUCCAUAUUUCGGAAAGAAUGCUUUCAGAGAGUGGAAUUAAACUUGGAAAUUUUCUCAGUGCUACAGUUUCAUUGGCAGAGCAUCCAAAGAAUUUCCAAUUAAAGAGACUCAACCUGCAAGUCACUGUGGAAGGAAACUUUGCAAAGGUGCACGGAAUUGAGGCAAACUUGGAGAAGAAUGCUGAUGGAAUUUUAGUAUUCUCUACAAACAACUUUGCAUCAGCGAAGGCUACGAACCAGGGUCUGGAGAUUGGAAGAUACAAAAUAACUGUACAGGCUGUGAAACCAUCUGAAAAAGAUUUGUUCAAUGGUAUGAAGUUUUUUGGAACCGUGGAAGAGAAAAUCAGUGGUCUUACAAGACGAGUUGCCUCUAACAACACGAACCAAGUAAUCGGCGAGGGAUUUAGAAACAUGAGUAUCAGUGGAAAAAGAACUAUGAAAGCUUUUGUGUACAGCACAAUCCAAAAAAAAGAUCUCAAUACGUAUUUUUUGUGGAUUUGUGACAAACAAGAAAAAUCAAUUUUUACUUCGAAAACUCAUGUGCUUGGACUAGGGCACUUCUUUGAAGGAUAUUUUGAACAAACGCCAAAUGGAAAGUCUCAAUGGGAAUGUGUCAAAUAUUUGAAACAGAUAGAUCAACUCAUACAAGGAGAUGUAAUUAGAAAUAAAGUUGUGUUGAGAACGAGAGUAACUCAGUAUGAGCCGGCUACUGGUCAUAGAAAGUAUCCACAAGUUUAUGCCAAUCAUCUCGGGAUCAUUAUUGACAAUCAAAAUAAACUUCCGAUCUACUGCAACGGUGUGCAAAUCAAAACUCAAUUGUGCAAAGUUGGAGAUAGUUUCGAAUGGGUUGUCGUUGAAAUUAUUUAACUGAUACUUUUCAAAAAUAAGUUUUUGGUUGAGUUUUUAUACGUUUAUGAAGUUUUUA